AUGACGGAGCGGAACGGAAGAGUUAUUUUAAGACAACGACUGCUCCCUGUGCCGCAGUCCGGCCCCUCGAUCCCUACCUCCCGUUGGCGCAAAACCGAAAGUCGGACUCCUGCAGAUAGCCGCCCCGUCCCGAUGGAGUGUCGCGCCAACAUCUCGGUGACGGAGAGCCAGUUCCGCUGUGCCAUCUGCCUGGACGUCCUCCAGGACCCGGUGUCCAUCCCGUGCGGACACACCUACUGCAUGGCGUGCAUCAACGGCUACUGGGACCAGGCCGAGCCUCCGGCGCACUUCAGCUGCCCGCAGUGCCGCGAGGCGUUCAGCCCGCGGCCGGUGCUCCGCCGGAACACGGUGCUGGCCGAGGUGGUGGCCAAACUCAAGCCCACGCAAGCCGGCGCCGCCGCGUCGGAGCUCUCCCCGCCACCAGAGCUCUACCUGGGCGUCGCGGGCCAGGUGCCGUGCGACUUUUGCCCGCCGCUGAACAAGCUGGCGGCGGCCAAGUCGUGUAUGGUGUGCCUGACCUCCUUCUGCGAGGUCCACGUCUUGCCCCAUCGGGAAGUGAGCUCCUUGCGGCGCCACAAGUUGGUGGCCGCCGUGGAGUGUCCCGCCCAGCGGUUGUACGCGCAACACCGCCGCGGCUGCAGCGACGAUGACGAGCCGGAGGAGGCCGCGGCGGACUGGAGCGGAGACUGUCUGCUGUGCGAGGCCGACCGAGAGGAGGCGCACCCUGCGGAGGCGCAGAGGGCGCGGAGACAGGUUCAGCUUCAGGAGUCUCAGAGGACGGUUCGGUGCAAAAUCCAAAGCUGCGAGCGAGAGCUGGAGGAGUUCCAGCAGAGUUUGGAAGCCCUCAAGGCGUCCGCUUCGGCCGUUUUGGAGGACAGCGAGAUGCUCUUUGCUGACAUGGCAGUACGACUGGAGAAGACCAAGGCCGAGGUGCGAGCGCGCGUGGAGGCUCGCGAGCGAGCGUUGGUGGGUCGCGCCCAGCGAGAUGCCGACACGCUGGGGAAAGAUCUGGAAGAACUGCGCGGGCGAGACCAGGAGAUUGCGCAACUUCUUCAGACUCAGGACAACGAACACUUUCUGCAGGCGGCGCCGCUGCUGUGCCUUCCCGUCCUGGCCGCCGCCCGGCCCUCGGUGACGUCCGCCCCCCCCGCGGAGGCCUUCGGCGGGGUCAGCAGGGCCCUGGGGAGACUCCGCAGCCACUUGGAGGACGUCUGCAGGGAGGAGGUGGACUCCAUCAGCAGGGCGGUGAACGAGAACAACGCGCGGGCCGGCGAGGGAGUUAAAGGCGGCGUGAACGCGGCCGCCGCCAACGUCAAGCCUCGGCGUUCCCCUCGACAUUCCAGACAAGAUGACGCGCACGCAUUUCCGUCGUCCCCGGCGUCCUCGCUGCCUCUGCAGCCGGCCGACCAAAGGAUGAGGGCCGUCUUCCUCAGGUUUUCUUGUCAUCUGUCCUUGGACCCGGACACGGCCCACCCCACCCUGGUCCUCUUUGACGGCGGCCGGGGCGCCCACUGCGGCGAGGAGCUUCAGCCGUACCCGGCGCACCCCCAGCGCUUCGACUCGGUGGCUCAGGUCCUGUGCGGCCAGGGCCAGUUCGGCGACGCCGGCUACUGGGAAGUGGAGUGGCGGGGCGGAGGAUGGAUCGACAUCGGCGCCACCUACAGGCGAAUCGGGCGCAAAGGGGGCGGCAAACCGUGCCUGCUGGGCCGCAACGAGAACUCGUGGCGACUGCGCUGCACGCACGCCGGUUACGCCGCCUGGCACGACAACCGCAAGACCACGGUGGCCGCGCCGCCGUGCCCGCGCAUCGGCGUCUUCCUGGAGCGCCACAAGGGGGCGCUGUCCUUCUACAGCGUGUCCGACAGCAUGGUGCUGCUGCAUACCUUCCCAUGUGCCUUCUCGCAGCCCAUUUACCCGGCCUUCCGCCUGGACCUGGACUCCACCCUGGUCCUCUGCCCUCAGGAUGCUGCUACUCCUCCAGCGCAGUGAACAUGGAAGAAUUUUCAAAUACAGUCAAUUACUAACAAGAUUAACAUGGCUUUAUAUCGCUAAAAACAAUCUAUGACAAAUAUUAUUAUUUUCAGUUUGGCCAUAGCACUUUGUGUAAAAGUGAGAAAAGAGAAAACGAUAAAAUACACAACGUUAAUGUACGUGAAA